AUGGAUGGCAAUUUUAAAGAAGACGUUGAAUAUCCAAAGAUGUUAGACAGACUAGAUCCUUUGAGACAAUUCAGACAAAGAUUUUAUCAGACCAAAGGAGAAAUUUACCUUUGUGGUCAUACCCUCGGAUUGGCUUCGAUAGACGCCGAGAAAAGUUUAAACCAUCUUUUGGAACUUUGGAAGAAAGAAGGCGUUAGUAUUUGGAUGAAAAAUAACCGAAAAUAUGUUAAAUAUUCAAGUCUCCUGGCUGAACUAAUUGCCCCUUUGAUAAAGGUACAGCCGAAUGAAAUUGUUAUUUCUGGAUCUUGUACCUCUAACAUACAUGUAGCUAUGUGCACACUGUACAAACCGACAAGUAAAAAAUAUAAAGUAUUAGUUGAUGAUAUUAAUUUUUCAUCGGACCGGUACGCCGUCGACAGUCAAGUCAGAUUAAAAAACUUAGAUCCCCAAGAUGCAGUCAAGGUCGUUCAUUGUCAAGGAAGUUUUAUGGACGAAGAUCUAAUCAUAAACUCAAUGACGGAAGAUGUCGCUUUACUCCUCCUACCCGUUGUUUACUACAAGACAUCGCAAGUUUUAGAAAUGAAAAGAAUAUGUGAGAAAGCGAACGAACUUGAUAUUAUUAUCGGAUUGGAUAUAAGUCAUGCGAUAGGUGUAAUAGACCUAGAUUUACAGGUUUUAAACAUAGAUUUCGCCGUCUGGUGUACUUAUAAAUACCUAAACGGAGGGCCAGGAUCUUGCGCUGGUUUGUACAUUAACAAAAAACAUUUUCAUUUAAUGCCAGGUCUUGCUGGCUGGUACGGCAGCAAGGAUGAAACAAGAUUGCAGUUCAAGCAGGAAUUUGACCAUCAGAAAAAUGCGAACGGUUGGCAAAUCGGAACUCCUUGUUUGUUUUCAAUGGCGUCUUUGCAAGGUUCACUCGAAAUAUUCAAUGAAGCAGGAAUAAAAAACAUAAGAAAGAAAUCCUUACAUAUUACGGCAUACUUAAUGUAUCUUAUCGAUAACAAGCUAGUACGUUACGGAUUUAGUGUGGGCAAUCUUAGAGAAGAUGAGAAGAGAGGAGGUCAUGUAUGCGUUGUACAUGUGGAUGCUCGAAGAAUUUCAUUAGCAUUGAAAAAUCGUGGUAUUGUGACAGACUUCAGAGAACCUCACAUAAUGCGAGUGGCUCCGAUUGCCUUGUAUAAUACUUAUGUACAAGUUUAUAAAUUUGUUGAAAUUUUAUUGGAUAUUAUGAAGAGUAAGACGUAUUAACGUAAUUCAGAACUAUAAAACUAGCUGUCGUCCCCGCGGAAUUAA